GGUCGAACGGCAUUGCGGUGAAUAGCUUUAUGACGAACGGCUCCCGCUCUUCUCAACCGUUCAAGUUGCUCUGGAGAAAUGCCUGCGCGGCGGAAUCACAGAGGAUCAUCUCGGAUUUACUGUGGUGAAUGCAAGUGUCGACGGAUUGGGGACAGGUCCCAGUCUUCUCAUUUAUUUGUCCUAUCGCGAUACAUGUGCUCGAGGACCAAAGCUCGUCUAUAUACAUCGUAUUCCUUAUCUUUUACCGAAACAUCGUCACCAACUGCCAGCCACUGUCUUGCCUCUCAAUACAGAAUCAUGAUGGAAGACAUCAAUACUGUCUCUACACCUAAAGAGCUCAACAUGGAAGAAUUAGAGCUCAUGGUCCAAUGGUGUACGGCAACGUAUCGCUCUAUCUCCCGGGAUGACACGGUUGGAUGGAUAUGGCGUGUCGUCGUGCCUCGAGAGGCGAUGCACUACCCCUUCCUAAUGCAUGGCAUUCUCGCACUGUCGGCGCUCCACCUCGCAUUCAAUAACAGCGGUACUACAAAGGAAAGCUACUUGAUGAUAGCACGGUCUUACCGGGGCCAGGCCCGGGUCGGCCUGGAAAAGGUGAAGGGUAAACUGAACGACUCCAAUUCAAAAGCAGUGUUUGCUCUAUACCAUAUAUUAAUCGUGUCUGCCUUCGCUCUUCCUCUCACCAUAGAACCGCAUCAAGAUCAAACCCCCUUAGACGAGCUUUGCGAAGUAUUCCGACUCACCAAAGCAUUAGGGGAUUCCAUACCAGCGAUCAUCGACCGGGUCAAAAUAGGGGAAAUGAAGGAAUUAGUUGAAUCCAGCGAUCCGCCACCGCGCAUGCCCGACACUUCACGGCUCGCUAUAAUGGCGCUCAACAGAAUGAAUGCGGCCUUGGCCCGGCAGGACCCGGGGCAUGAGAGUGAUGUUUAUAGCCCGACCAUUAAGUACUUGGGAGAAUCGCUGGACAAGCUUGCAAGAGGCGGAGAGAUCAUGAUUGUCGCAUUUCAGUGGAUCUUUCAGAUUCCACCGCGAUUCGUUGACUUGCUUAGAGAACGACAGCCGUUCGCUCUAAUUGUCGUCGGUCAUUUUGCCGUGAUUCUUCACUCCUUAAGAGAACAUUGGUGGAUGGGUGAAUGGGGAGCUAGACUAAUUAGGCAAAUUGGUCAACAACUCGAUACGGAAUCGAAGCAGUCUAUGGACUGGGUUCUCGAUGCUACGGGAUGCUAUAUUCCUCCGCGAUGAGACCAUGGUCUACACGCUUCUAAUGCAUUGUCAUGGAAGCCAGUCAAAGGAGACACCCGGCCAUUUUGAACUACGCUUCUCAACUAAUGGCAUAUUGACAACGAGUCAUGCAUAGGGUAGCUGACGCCCUUCACAUUUGAGCGAUAAUAUUUCGGUAUUUCUUAAGAAAGCAAGGGACCAAUCGAAGACAAUCAGGCUUAGCGGCGCACGGAGUACAGAAUCGGAUGAAUUCGUUUACCAAGGCUCAAUUGGAGAUAGUUGCCCUUACCAGGCAACGGAUCACAGCAGGCCUGAGAUCAGGCUAUUAUUUGUAUCGUGCACGUAUGUAUAUCAGGAUGGAAUGACCUUAGUUAAUCAAUGUUCAGAUCAUUUGACCCGAAUAAAGGCGAGAGUUCCAUCGUGAUAAGACUAUGAAAUUUUAUUGGAGCGGCCAUUCAAGCAUCAUAAGCAUGGACGACUAGUACGCUGUAGAUCUUAUCCAGAACUUCCAUUC